AUGAAAAAUAGAGUUCCUUUGCGAGAAUAAAAGCCAUUUGCUCAUCUUUAAUAAAAAUAAGAUAUUAAAGAAGAGAAAGGACCAGCAAAUUUUGUUGUUCCUGUAUAAGCAACAAAUAAAAGAAAAUCAAAUUUGCUUAAUAAUAAAGCAUUUGUAGCAGGUAUAAAGAAAGCUUGGUAAACUGGAAAUUUGGCUUUAGUACAUUAUGAUUUAUAAGAUUUUCCAGAUGAAAUCAUUAAUAUUGAUACUAUAAAUUUAGAGGGAGAAGAAUGGUGGUAAAAAUGUCCAUUAACAAAAUUGGAUUUAACAAAUAAUAAUAUUUAAGAAAUACCAAUUUAUGAUACGUAAGAUAUUAUAGUAUACUUAGACUAUAAGAUUUAUAAGUAUUAAGAUUAGGAAAUAAUAAAAUAAGCAGAUUUCAUUUUGAUUUGACAAAGUAAUUUUAAAAUUUGAAAUCAUUAACACUUCAAAAUAAUCAAUUAAUAGAAUUUUCAUGCAGACUUGAUUCAAUAGUUGAAUUAAAUUUAGCUGAUAAUAAAUUAACAGCAAUUGAUAAUCUUUAUUUUCCAAAUUUAGAAUUACUUGAUAUUUCAAAUAAUUAAUUUUCAUAACUUCCAUCACAUCUUCCUCCUUUAAUUAAAAAAAUAUCUGCAAUCGGAAAUAAAAUAUAGAUAAUUAAAUAACAAGAUUUAAUAGAAUGUAAAAAAUUGGAAGAUAUAUAAUUAUCUAAAAAUUAAAUUGCAUUUAUAGAAGAAGGAGCAUUUAAUAAUCUUAUUCAAUUAAAGAUAUUAGAUUUAAAAGAGAAUAAACUUAAAUAUUUUACUUAAGGUUAACUUGGAACAAAUCACGAAUGUUUAGAUUCAAUCCAACUAUCAUUUAAUUAAUUAGAAGUUUAUAAUUGUUAUGAAGGAAUAUAAAAUAUAUCUGUACUUUUAUUAAAUAACAAUAAAAUAAAGGAAUUACAUCAAGAGAUAAUUAAUUUAAAAAAUUUAAAAACCCUAGAUAUAUCAAAUAAUGAUUUGGGAGAUUUACCAUCUUAAUUAGGAUUUUUAGCUUAAUUAGUAAGAAUUCAACUUGAGGGUAAUCCAUUAAAAUGUAUAAGAUCUAAUAUUAGAAGUGCAGGUGCUCUUUAAUUAAAAAAAUACCUUUAAUAAAGAACUGAUGAUGCAGCUAAAUUAGAAGUUUAAGCAGAUCCAAAACUAAAAUAAUAAUUAUAUUAAUCUAAUAAUAUAUGGGAAGAAUAUUUAAGAAAUUUCUUACAUAAAGAUGAAUUAGCUAUAAGAUAAAAAAAUAUCAACUAAAUAGAUAAUUGUGUAUUUCGAUUAACUAAUUUGAUUAUCAUAGAUUUUUCAUAAAAUAACAUUGAAAUUAUACCAGAUUCAAUUUAAUAAUUAUAAAAUCUAAAAAAAGUUUGUUUUAAUGAGAAUAAGAUUACUCAGAUUUCAUUAUGUUUAUUCAAUUUAAGAGAUCUAGUGGAAUUAGAAUUAAGAUAAAAUAAAAUUUAAUUCCUACCUUCAAAAGAAUAAGUCUAUUUACCUAAUUGUAUAUAUAUUAUAUAAUAUUAUAGUAAUUCAUCUUGAUUUGGGUAAGAAUUAACUUUAGAAAAUUCCUAAUUUUAUACCAGAUUUAUUGAAACUUAGAAGAUUAUUAUUAGCUUAUAACUAAAUAGAUUCAAUCUAGAGUUUAUUAUUAAAAGAUUCAAUUAUAGAGGUGUUAGAUAUUAGCAAUAAUUCAAUAGAUUAAUUAAGUGAUGUAAGAUUUAUAUUUUAAUAUAGGAUAUCUAUUUUAAAAUGCCAAAUUUAUAGCAUUUAAAUUUAUAAAAUAAUAAUAUGAGAACAUUUCCUACAAUUUUAGGAUUCAUGUCUUUAAAAACAUUAUAAAUUGAUGGUAACCCAACAAAAUUAAUUAGCAGAUAAAUAAUUGACAAAGGAACUGUUCAUAUUUUAGAUUAUUUAGCUAAAAAACAUCCUUUAAAUUAAAUACCACCUAAGAUUUCACCUAUUGUUAUUGAUGAUUCUGUAAUAAAUAAUUAAUCUAACAUGUCUUAAGAAUCAACUACAAAAUAAAGAUAAAUAAUUUAGAGUGGUAAAUCAUCUACAUCUUCAUAAAUGCUUGUAGAGGAAACAAGAUAAUAAAGAUAAUAUGAAUAAAAUAAAAUAAUAUAAGAAUAAACUUAAUAAUAAUAAUAAUAUGUUGAUGUAGGAUAGUUGAAAAUUGAAUUAUAGAAUCUUGAAUUAAAAAUUAAGUAUAAUCAAUUUAUUAUUUAAUUAUAGAUAAUUAGAGAGAGAAUUAAAUGAAAACUUUUCACUCAAUAAAUUUUAAAUUUAAGAGAAAAGAAAAUUUUUAUAGUCACUUAUGUUAUAAAGAUCUGCAAUAAUAUAAUAAAUUAAUGGUUAUUGA